AUGGAAUUAGAAGAAGAAACUAUCUUUACUGUUAUGGAUCUUUGUAAAUUUGGAGUUAAACAAGAAAUACAAGCACAGUAUGGAUAUGGUGAACGUGUCAGGAAAGAAAGAUCUCAGAUUUCAUUCCACUGCAAAUAUCCAAAAUGUCCUGCACAUUUUAAUGUUGCAAUCUUGGAUCAAAAUAAAUACAAACUAAUCAAAAUAGUUGAAGAACAUGAUCAUUCCGCCCCAAAUGACAAAAGUCAAUAUUCGUCUGUCUUUUAUCGCAAAUAUUUAGAACAUUACUUCCAAACAGAUGACAAUCAAAGAGCGAUAGCACAGCUAAAUGCAUUCAAAGAUCUUGAAAUUCCUCUUACAGGUCCGUCCAUUCCAGAGAUGUACGCUCAAAAACCACGUGCAAUCAAACGAUUUGCAGAGAGAAUACAUGCUCUUCAAACUAGAUAUUCUCCUGACGAUGUUGUGUCAUUGCAAAUCUUUGUUCAGACAGUACAAGAAGAAUCUCCAGAUGAUCUCAUUGCAUUUGAAGUCUCAGACAAUAAUAUGUGUUUCUAUUACGCGUCUUUUGAAGGCAAAGCUUAUGCGCAUAGUAUCAAGACAUUUUAUAUAGACAGCACCUAUAAAUUGUUGCGAUCAAACAUUCCAUUGUAUGCAUUUACUGGCAAAAUCAAAGAUUUUCACAUUUUCCCUUUUUUAUAUUUCUUUUGUCAACCAGACACUUAUCAAAACAUUCAAGUUUGCGUGUGCGCCUAUCUCAGAUGGGUAACAAUUGAGCCAGAAUACAUUAGCAUGGACUGUGCUCCACAGAUAGCUCAAGCAAUAGAAGAAAGCAUUCCACAAGCUCAAAUACUUUGGUGCGGAGUACAUGUUCUUCGUGCAAUUCUUCGCAAAUCAAAUAAGUUUUCUUCUCAAGAAAAAUUUGAACAAUUCUAUAAUUUGAUGAAGGAUUUAGUCUUCAAAUUAGAUGCAGAACAUGAGGAAGAAGCAAAUGCUGCUUAUGAUCAAGUUCUGGAGUUGCUCGACACAGAUCCAACAGCAUCUCAAUACUUUAACAGACAAUGGCGUUACAACAUAUCAAGAUUGAUUGCUCGUGACAGGCGUGAAGGCGACGCAACUAACAAUAUUGCCGAAGCUCAUUUUAGAACACUCAAACAUGACUAUUUUCCUGAUCGAAAAAAUCUCAGAAUUGAUGAUGUUAUUAUAGAAAUUUAUACAAAAGUGAUACCAUCUUUCGUUAUCAAACUCAAAAUUGAUCAAAAUCCAGCAGAUGACCGUGUCAUUAGGAUCAUGGAAAAAGCAACUAUCGCAGAAAUUGAUGUAAAAAGACAAAGAAAAAUCGAGAGUAUUUCAAUGCUCAAUAGAUUGCUCAAUGCUGUUAGUGAUGACUCAAUAGAUCCCACUAAAAUAUAUCCUACCUUGAAAGUAUUAUUACAAAGAACUCAUUUUAUUUAA